AUGUCGUACUUGCUACAACACCUUCACUCAGGAUGGGCAGUCGAUAAAGCCAUUCUCGGCGAAGAGGAACGCCUCGUCGUCAUCCGAUUCGGCCAAGACUGGGACGAAACAUGCAUGCACAUGGAUGAGGUGUUGGCUUCAGUUGCUGAGAAAAUAAAGAACUAUGCAGUGACAUACCUUGUAGACAUCACUGAGGUUGAUGGGACAUUUCCGGAAUACUCCAAGAUGAAGACACAGGUGCCUGACUUCAACACUAUGUAUGAAUUCUAUGACUCAUCCACAGUCAUGUUCUUCUUCAGGAACAAGCACAUGAUGAUUGAUCUUGGCACAAGAAACAACAAGAAGAUCAAGUGGAUUCUCAAGGAUAAACAAGAGCUCAUUGACAUUAUUGAUACUGUGUCCCGCGGUGCAAGGAAGGUCGUGGUCCAGUUACAGCUCCCAAGGACUACUCCACUAAGAACCGCUAUUGACUACCCUACCCUACUCUGCCCCUGCUGA